CUCUAAAUUUUGCAGAGUCUCGGAUGUUAAGACUUCAUUAUUUUUAAGAUGCAAUAUAGUUUUUAAAAUGCAAAAACAUAGCUGUGGGAAGCAAACAAGAAAAACUAUAUAUGUAUGUUAACUUUCAACUCUGAUAUAGUGUGUUGACUUGGCUGCGCCGUUUUUAUUUUUUGAAGUGCGGUUUCAUCCUGAUUGCAUCAUAGUGUUGACAAAUGAAUUUAAGAUGGGUGAGUUGCGUUCCUGCCUAUAUUCUUAAACUGUCUGGCAGGACAGUGAUUCCAUUUCCACAUUCACGAGACAUUUCUUCUCUGCAAGAUAAAAGAUUGAACCUAGCAAUCAUAAUGGCAGACAGCGGGAAGACUAAUGAGGCUGGAGCUGCGGCAGCACAACCUGCUAAUGGAGACCAGCAGAAUGUUGUUUCCCGUUUGAGCAAUUUGCCUCUGGUCAGUUCAGCUUGCGAGGUGGUUUCCAGCGCCUACAGUAGCACCAAAGACAGUGUGCCCUUGCUGAAGGGAGUGAUGGAUGCAGCAGAGAGUGGGGUCCGAACCCUGGGAGCAGCUGCCACAACGGGGUCCAAGCCUCUUUUGGACAUUAUAGAACCACAGCUUGCUACGGUAAAUGAGUAUGCCUUGAAAGGACUGGGCAAGAUGGAAGAGAAGCUGCCGAUUCUUCACCAACCAGCGGACGAGGUGGUGUCGGACACAGUUGGUAUGGUGUACCAGUCGGUGGCAGGGGCCAAAGACGCUGUGGUGGGGGCUGUGAUGGGCGGUGUCGGGCUGACCUGGGCAGCGGUCAGUGGAGGUAUCUCCACCGCCAUGGGCACCAGGAUGGGCCAGAUGGUCAGCAGUGGGAUGGGCCUGGCCCUGAGCCAAUCCGAGGUCUGGGUUGACCAGAACCUACCGCUCACUGAGAGGGAGCUGGCUGCUGUGGCUGAACCUGUCACCAGUGAGGUGACUACACCGUCGGCAAGCCCCAGCUACUUUGUCCGCCUGGGGAAACUCUCUGCAAAAAUACAGGAGCGAGCCCGGCAGCAGUCCCUGGUCCGUGCCCGGCACGCCAGGGAUGCCACCUAUGCUACAGUGGCUCAGAUUACCAGCACUCUGGACCUGCUGGAGAGCGCCCGUACCAGUAUGGGUACCGCCAGUAACCAGAUAGGAGGAGCCUCCGAGCAGCUGCUGCAGCGCUGGACCGAGUGGAAGCAGAAGCAUGCCGGAGCUGGACAGACUGAGUCAGAGCCACAUGGGACCAGAGAUGAGGCGGAGCUGGAAUGGCGAGUCCUCUCCAUGGUGCAUGGUCUGAGUGAUCAGCUGAGGUCAGCAUGCUCCAACGUGGUGUCAAGCGCUCAGGGUCUGCCAGGUGCAGUCCAGGAGCAGCUUACCAGCGCAAGGCGAUCAGCUGAAGAACUGCACUCCUCUCUAGGGAACACCAGCACUAUCACACCCCUCCUUCUGGAGCGCAGCCGUCACCACCUGAUCCAAGUUCAAAAGUCUCUCGAUGGUGUAAUGGAAUAUCUUCUACACAACACACCGCUCAACUGGCUGGUGGGACCUUUUAGUCCUCAGGUCACUGAGAAGGUGGAGGGAGAUGUGGCGAGGGAGCAGAGCGGGCCACACAACUAGAGAAGACUUUCUCCAGGAGUCAAUCAGUGUGGGGACAGAAGACCGGUGUUUACUGUAGAUGGACCAUUUUAAAAAGAAACAUGUCUUUCUGCUUGCUUAAUGACAGAGGCCUUAAAUUCAUUUAGUCAUGUUUUUUUUCAUGAUGAUACACUACAUUUUUAUUAGUUAAUGACACUACAUUUGUGAUAUAGAAGUUAAUGGAAUUUAAUCAGGAGUGAAAGCUCCGACCUGUGGCCGUAGAGAAUUUAGAUACGUGUGCACUUUUUUUUUAUUUAUCCAAAAAGAUGUAAGCAUUUGUUGAAGAUGAAUCUAUAAAUGUGCACAUACUGCUGUUUCAGAGACUUUUCUUAAUGCCUAAAAAAGUGAUUCAAAGCAUUCCUAUCAGCACAAGAUCAUUUUAAGGUCAUAAAGGCCCUUUGUGAAAAUAAAACCGAUAUGCAAAUUUAAUGACAUGUUGAGUUCAUAGUGUGUUUAUAGUGUAUUCAUUUGUUUGUUUUUUAGAUUUGCAGUAUUAAUUUCAGUGUUUUGGGUCUGAACCUUGACUGGUUUAUGGAAGCAGCUAAUAAACUGUCAAUAAAAA